AUGGGAGUGGCUGGCCACCAGCUGCACGCUUUGGUUGCAGAAGCAACCGGGAAAGGCCUCGGACAACAAGGAUCCAGCGGCCGCUUCAGUUGCAUUUUCUACGGCUGGGUCAUCGUGGCCGUGUGCAUCUUAUGCAAGAUCUUCAAAGUGCAGGGCCAAAACAAUGUGAUGUCGUACACGGUCCCGCACUUGCUUCAGGAUUUCGACUUGUCCCACGCCGAGCUGGGUGGAUUUUUCUCAAUCGCUACCAUCUUGGCGGGCCUGGUUCAACCUUUGUUGGGGCAUGCUGUUGACCGAUUCGGAGCACGAGUGUGCAUCCCCAUGAUGCAGGUGACCCUUUGUGGUGCUCUCUUUGGUUUCGCAGCUUGGACAUCCCCACCAUCAAGGUUUAUGCUGUAUUCCGAGGUCGUGCUGAUCUUCUUUUUCUUGCGGACGCUCUCUCUUGGCGCGGCAGAGACUUUUCCAAACACAUGCGUGCAGCAAUGGUUUCAGCGGCGCCGUGGCCGAGCCGUGGGUGUUGUGUUCACCUUUCAGUGGCUGGGGAAUGCCGUCAUCGGGAAAUGUGUCUCGGGAAUUGUCGCCAGCCACAGUUGGCAAAAAGCUGCUCUUGCGGGCUCCGCGGCAAAUCUUCUGCUAGCCCCUGUAUCAGCAGCUCUGCUGCGGCGAAGUCCCGAGGCCUGUGGCCUGCAGCCAGACGGCUGGACGGCCGUAGCUGCAGACGAGGAGAUGGAGGCAGUUGGCAUAAACGGUGCCGAUGAGGCACCCCCGCUCGGCACACGAAAGAUUCGAGACUUAUGGCCUCAGUUUGCAUUCACAUUUUUCUAUGCCGUGAUGUUUGGUGGCAGCGACUUCUACAUGGUGGAGAUGGUCGCCGAGGCCUGGCCAGAAGAUAUUGAUGUGGCCUUGUUCAUCUUCGGCCCCAUGGCCUUGACUGCAGCCGUCUCCACUCCACUUGUUGGCGAGCUCAUGGAUGCUUGGAGCAAAGCCCAUCGACGUCUGCCUAUAGUGCUGCUGGCCGCAGCUGGAUUUGUAACGGCUGUUGCUACUUUCUGGCUGACGUGCAUCCGGAGCAGGACAUCAGCUGUUCUGUAUGGUGUAAUUCGUGGUACAACCACAGGUAUGUUCCAGAGCCUUCUCAGUGCCGGGCUUGCAUUCACUGCUCUCGGAGUGCGGCGGGAGGAGAUUGGCCGUGUGCUUGGGUACAACCAGUUGUGUACGUUGGUCGGCACUGGAGUCGGUCCUUUCUGGUAUGGCAGCUUUCGGGACGUCUUUGGUGCAUUUCGAUUCGGCCUUCUCUUGUCGGCGCUGCCCCCUUUGAUGCUCGGGAUCUUCUUUGCUUCGCAGGCAUGUGCAGACCAGCAACUUCCAUCGAAAGGGGACAGGAAGCCUCCAGAAGAGGCAACAUCACCAAAUUACCAGGAGAAUGUUGUGCUGGGAGCCAUCAUGGAAGAGGUUCGGGCUGGUUGA